ACCCAUUCCCAGUUUGGCAUUUCGUCAACGGACCUGGUUGUUGCAGGGUUAUUUGACAAAAAGCUGUAACAUUAUCAUGAAAUCUUAUUUUUUCAUAUUUGUAUUUGCUAUAUCAGUGACGGUGGUAGCAAGUUCGAAUUUUUGUAACUACCCUAAAACUUGUUACGGAUACAGAUACAGACAUUGCGGAUUCGGGGGAUGGAGAAGAUGUGGAUAUUCCUAUGCAUACACAUGCUACCCUAAGGUUUGUUGUAAUGGCUGGAAAGACCUUGCAAAUGGAUGUAUCACACCAAUUUGCAACACACCAUGUUACAAUGGCGGUACUUGCGUUGCGCCCGACACAUGUACGUGCCUUUCAUCACACCAAGGCAAAUAUUGCGAAACUUAUAAAGGAUCUUUAAUGUGAGGAAACAGACGUAAUAAAAGAAAUCAACAAGAUAUCACAGAAUACCAAGAUUAUAUGAUUUGAACGAUAACUUUGUCGAUUGCCUCAUGAGGUUCAUUUUAUCAUGUUUUGCUUUAUUUUUGAUGUUUUACUUUAAGUUAUUAACAAUCAUAUCUUGAACAAUAUAUCACACAUGUAUCGUACUAAAUAUAGAUAAUAAAUAAGUGCUAACGGAAUUUUCAUUUGUACAUAAAAAAUAGAAGUUAAAAGAUGACAAAAAGAGGACAUUUAAGUU